AUGGCAACACGUUAUAUUGAGAACGGAGGAAAUCAAGCGUACUACUUUCCAUCGGAUGGCACAGCGCAAAAUCAACCUUCGACAACAGAUGUCAGUACUCCAACCUAUGUCAAGCAACCUCGUGCAGGAGAGUACACACCGUACGCGGCUGGUGUUGGUGCCAUUUCCCGACAACAACAACAACAGCAAAAUCAGUCUUUGUCUAAUCUUGGUGGACAAAACGCGCAAGAACCUCGUACAUCAGCGACCACAUAUCAGCAACCUCAACAAUAUGCCGAUGAUUACUAUACGCCGCAACAGAGAAAACAGGAGGAACAUUCGCCAUAUGAGUAUGAAACUCAAACGGCUGUUGCUGGUUUUAAAAUAAGUUCUCAACAACAACCGCAUCAGCAACAACAACCGCAUCAGCAACAACAACCGCAUCAGCAACAACAGCCGCAUCAGCAACAACAACCGCAUCAGCAACAACAACUCCACCAGCAACAACAGCCUCACCAGCCACAACAAACCCACCAGCCACAACAACCACAACAGCCCUACCAACAACACCAGCAACAACAACUCCACCAGCCACAACAACCACAACAGCCCUACCAACAACACCAGCAACCACAACUCCACCAGCCUCACCAGCCACAACAAACCCACCAGCCACAACAACCACAACAGCCCCACCAACAACACCAGCAACAACAGCAACCACAGCAUCAUCAUCAACAACAACAGCCCAUAAUGGCUGCUGUUCAAGUUCGUCUAAAUAGCGAUCAACCUCAAUUAAUACAACAACAUCAACGAUCGCCUCAACAAGGACAUGGCACGACCUCAUCUUAUGAAAGUAUGAGUACUUCAAAACAGUCAACCAUUUCACCACAACCGCAAAAUCCAUCCUACGCUCAACACCAACCACAAUCGGCUAUUUAUUCUACAUCGGGAGCUGACCAACACAGUCAGAUGGAUUCUCCAAGCCCUCAGCGUCGUACUGAGGUGCAACAACAGCAGGUUAAGGCACAAACUACACGACAAUCCAAUAGUUCAUAUCAAGAAAAUUCUCAAUCUGAUCAGCAACAACAACGAAGCGGUACGUCAAUGAGCCAACAAGAACAAUUACAGCAAUAUUAUAGUCAGUUGACACCUGAACAAUAUCAGCAAUUACUGAGGCAACAACAAUUACAGCGUCAACAGCAAGAAGAACAGAAACGACAGCAAUUAGCUCAACAACAAUACCGUCAGCAACAACAAUCUUCGUCUGUUCGUGUCGAAAAACAGGACGAGCAUUUCGACCAACGGCAAUAUGAUGAUGCGCACGCUCGCCAACGCAGUAGAUCGGAACAAGAGCGCGAGGAAGAACAAAAAUAUUACGCUCAACUGGCUCGUCAACAGCAACAAACGCAAAAGCAACAAAAAAUGGAAAAAGCCACGAAAAGUGCGGAUGCUUACCAAAUACAAGAAAAUCAUAGUCAAGAACAAGCACGUCCAACUCAAUCAAUUGCAGCUCAACCGAUUGCAGCUCAACCGAUUACAGGUCAACCGAGAUCCGAUCACCAGCAACAAUCCGCGCAAUCAGUUAAUACCCAAUAUUAUCAACAACAGUUAUCUCAGCAACAACAACAACAACAACAUGCACAACAGCCGCCACAGCCAGUUGGUAUUCGAGGUUUGAUGAGCAAAUUUUCUGGUCCCACCGUAUUGCAAACAUAUACACCAAAACCAAAAUCACAAUCAGAGUCACGAUCGUUUCAAACGAGUACAUCAACUUAUACAAGAAGCCAAAUUACGUAUAGUAAUUUACCACAAGCAAGAGAACCGCCUGUCAAUAGUUCUGAAUUUCAGCAGCAGCAGCAGUUUUCGAAUAUUCAGCAAGCCUCUCUACCACAACAUAUUCAAGGUCCUGCGCCAGGUUUCGGUGCAUUACGUGAAAGGUUCAAAGCAACCAAUAUAUCUGAAAAUCAGGAUGCACACCGCCGACAAGAGCCUUCGUCAGCUAGAGGAACGCUUGGACAACUACGUGAACAAUAUAUGAAUCAAACGGUAGCAGCUGGACACGAAGAAUCAAUGUCACAAAUAGUUCAAAAUGUUGCCCGUAGUAUAGCUCAACAACCAACUACCAGUCGUGUGCAUGAACAACCGCAUGGACCAAGCGUUGCUCAGAAAACAAAUGAAUUAGCUGCUUCUUCAGAACCUAGUCACGAAAUACAGACGUCGAUAGUUGAUCAACAACAACAACAACAAUCAUCACAAAAUGAGAUCGAGACAAGCGAACAAUCAUCCGAAGCAGCACUUGCUGAAGGUUCUUCGUCAGCAACCACAUCAUCGCUGGACGCCGAAGAAAAAUCUUCCACUGAAAAUAUGACGAAAACUACAGAAACAAACCAGACUCCAUCUACCGCUACUUCAACACCCAACGUAAAAGUGGCUGCAACUGCUAAAUAA